AUGCCGUUGAAACACGUUGAAGUAGAGAAUUUCAAGAGCUAUCGUGGAAAACAGAUCAUUGGGCCAUUCAAUACAUUUACUUCAGUGAUUGGACCCAAUGGUAGCGGUAAAAGCAAUCUGAUGGACGCUAUAUCAUUUGUGCUUGGUGUGCGCAGCGUGCACUUACGUGCUUCAGAGCUCAAAGAUCUAAUUUACUCUGAAAAUGCAUUAAAUGACAAUCACGAAAUCAGCUAUCAUGAAGAUGUGCCCACCCGAGCCAGUGUCAUGGCCGUGAUCGAAGAUACCAAGCAUACGGAACACAGAUUUCAACGGAUUGUUAACGCAAAUGCUUCUACAGAAUACCGCUACAAUGGACGCAUAACGACCUACGCUUCGUACAAUGCUAAGCUGGAGCAACUCAAUAUUCUUGUAAAGACGCGUAAUUUCCUUGUGUUUCAAGGAGAUGUGGAAUCGGUGGCUGAGCAAUGCUCCAAAGAUUUGAGCGACUUGAUGGAUCAAAUUAGUGGCUCGCGCACAUUGAAGAAUGAGUAUGAUGAAGCGCGCAUAUCUUAUGAAGAAGCAGCUGAGCAGUUGACCGCACUAGUUUCAAAACGCAAACUACUCCAAAAUGAGCUGCGACAAGUUCGACAACACAAGGAAGCCUUUGACCGAUUUGGUGCGCUCAAAAAUGAAGUUCAUAACCACACGAUCCAGAAGAUUCUUUGGCGCUUGUAUCAUAUCAAUGAGAUUAUCGAGAUUCAUACAGACUGGAUUGAAGCACACGCUUCUCGCGGAGAACAGGCCCAAAAACGACUUCAUGAAAAAGAACAGAUGUUGUCAGAAGCGCGCAGUAUGUUGGGCAGUGUACAGCAAAAGAAACUUGAUCUGGAAAAUGAGAGGAAGCAAGCGAAUAGGUCUUUGGAUGGUAUCCGUCCCGAAAAAGACAGGCUCAUUGAGCGGAUUGAGCAUGUAAAUCGGAAGCUUCAACAAGCGCAGUUUUUGUAUAAGCAAGCAGAAAAGGAUCAUGAUACAUUAAAGGAGUCCCUGAAACGAUUGGAAUCAGAUGCUGAGCUUGUGCAAACAUGUUCAGAUAAAAUGAAAGCGGAACAAGAAGCAGCAUUAGCGGCGACAUCUAUCAAGUUGAAUGAAACUGAUCUUCAGAAUUAUCAUGACCUUAAGCUAAAGUCGCAAAGCACUGUUGUGCAAGAGCGUUCACAAAUGGAACAGUUGCAGCGGAAAAUUCGUGAGAAGCAGACGUCGUUAGAUGUACAUCAAGAUCGUAUUCAAGAUAUGGAAUCUAAGUUAGAGAGACUUGAGCAACUACUGGCAUCGUUAUCGGAAACGCAGGCGGAGCUGGCGACACGUGAACCAGAAAGCGCGGAAAAGCUGGGUAGGGCUAAAUCGAUUCUAUCAACCUUGCAGAGUAAGAAAGAGUCGAUUUCGUCAAGAGAAAAGCAGCUCAACGAGGCUUUGGUCGGUUGUUAUAACCGAUUAUUGCGAAUGGGCCAAGAUCAACGAGUACAUGAACGUGAAGCGCGUCUCAGGGAAUCACUGCGUUCUUUGCGAACCAUUUUUCCAGGUGUACAUGGACGCCUUCUUGACCUUUGUAAGCCCACGCAACGCAAGUAUGAAUUGGCUAUUGCCACAGCACUGGGUCGGAAUGCAGAAGCGGUCGUGGUGAAUCAUGAAAAAACGGCAGUGGAAUGUAUCGAGUAUUUACGAAAUCAGCGUGCUGGUCAAGCCACCUUUAUUCCAUUAGAUACGAUCCAAACCAAGCCGAUCAAUGAUAGACUACGAAGUCUAUCUCCUCAAGCACGCUUGGCGAUCGAUGUGAUUCAAUACGCGCCAGUCAUUGAACGUGCUGUUUCAUAUGCGUGUGGAAACGCCAUGGUUUGUGAUACAUUAGAUGUGGCACGGAAUAUAUGUUAUGAGCGUGCACAACGAGUAAAAGCUGUGACAUUGGAUGGUACGAUUAUUCAUAAGACAGGUAUGAUUACCGGCGGUCCAUCCAUGCAAGAAACUGUAAAAAAAUGGGAUGACCAGGAACUGCAAGGCGUACAGCGUGAGCGUGAUCGAUGCAUGUCAGAACUGAAAGAGCUUCAGCAACAAAAAUACGUGCUAGAAGAAGAAGAUGAGCUUGUGGCAAGCGUUACGCGAGCGCAAGCUUCCCUUCAGUCUAUACGGGCAGAACAAGCAGACGUAAUGCGACAAACGCAAGAUGCCCAGUCUGAAUGUGCCGCGAUAAUUUCGCAAAAGAAGAAAACUCAAGACAUGAUUGACAAAUUAAACGAAGAUAUGUCACAACUGAGGUCACAAAUGUCUGACAUCGAGCAUACUAUUCAUGCUGCUGAUGACGAUAUCUUUACAGAAUUUUGCGAGCGCAUCGGUGUGGCUAACGUUCGCGAAUACGAAGCAAACCAACUACAUAUCUCACAGGCGCUGAACGUGGCAACACAGCAAUAUCAACGCCAGCUUGCACGGAUCGCGCAUCAACGUACUUUUGCCGAGCAGCAAUUGAAGAACACGGCUGAUCGUCUCGCAUUCAUACAAGCUUCUAUGGAGAAAGAAAGGCAGCGGAUACCUCGCCUCGAAGAAGAGCUGCAAAAUUGUGAAAACUCCAUUCAAAAGUAUCGUGAAAUCAAGGCUCGUAUUCAGGCAUCCUUCGAGGCUAUGCAAGAGGAGCACGAUGAAAAAACAGAGACAGUGAAUGAGAGACGCAAAGCACUGUUUCAUGUCAUGCGCGACGUUGAGGCACACCGCAAAGAAGUGGCUGAAAGGAACGAUGAAAUUGCUCAAUUGGAUACAGAAAGAGCAAAUCUGUUUCGCCGAUGUCGAAUGGAGGCGUUGGACCUGCCGUUGGAAUCGGGCGACUUAGCCAAUGUCCCACUAGAAGAGGAUGUAUCAAUGCCAGUCUCUGAAGCAGACAAUGCAGUACAAACAUGCCGGCAAUAUGACAUAACAGUUGACUUUUCGCGUUUAAGUGAUGCGGAGCGUACGGAUCGAGGCUCAGGAAAGGAAUAUGAACUGCAGAGUCGAAUUGAUCUGGCUCGUGAGGAAAUGGAAAAGUUAACGCCUAGUACCAGUACAGCAGAACGUCUAGAUAAGCUUGAAAAGGAGCUGAAAAUGUGUGAACAUGAAAUCGACAGUGGUCGCGAACAAGUUCGAGAGUCGAGAGAUGAGUUUCAGCUCAUUAAGAAGCAACGUUCAGACUUAUUCAUGAAAGCAUACCAUCAUAUCGCGGAUCGUAUUGAUGGUGUCUACAAAGAUCUUACCAAAACCAAGAUGGCUCCUAUGGGCGGAGUAGCUUACCUCACGUUAGAGGAUACGGACGAGCCUUUCCGAGCAGGUAUUCGAUAUCAUGCCAUGCCUCCGAUGAAACGUUUCCGCGAUAUGGAUCAGUUAUCAGGCGGUGAAAAAACCAUGGCAGCAUUGGCGCUACUCUUUGCUAUUCAUACAUAUCAACCAGCACCAUUUUUUGUAUUGGAUGAAGUGGAUGCUGCUCUCGACGCGCAGAAUGUUGCAAAUGUUAGCCACUACAUUCGUGAACAUGCAAGCGAUCGUUUUCAAUUUAUUGUAAUUUCCCUCAAGGCGUCUCUUUAUGAGCGAAGUCAGGGUCUAGUGGGCGUAUACCGAGAUCAAGAAGCGCAUUCCAGCGCAAGUGUUACGUUGGAUUUAGAGCAGUAUGCUUGA